AUGUCUCGAGUGGAGUCUCUAUGGGAGCGUCUAGUUAAUGCUGCGUUACAAAGGGACAGAACAGGAGAAGCUGCUGCUGCUGGUACUGGUCUUGGUCAUGGCAGAGACAUAGAUGCUAUUCUGAGAGCUUCUGAUGAACUCCAAGCUGAAGACCCUAUCAUAGCUAGGAUCUUAUGUGAGCAUGCUUACUCGCUUGUAGAAAAACUUGACACUAAUAGUGAAAGCAGAUAUGUUUUACAAUUUAGAACCGGAUUGAUGUCUGUUAUUAAGCAAAGAGAUGAAGAAAGAAAGGUUGGGACCAUACAUAGAAGUCAAGACAUUAACCGACUUCAAGGUUUUUACCAACGGUACAGAGAAAAGAACAAUGUUGACACGUUAAAGGAGGAGGAAAAGAAGCUCCAUGAGUCAGGCACUUCCACUGAUGAGCUAGAGAGGAAAACAGAAGAAAGGAAAAAAAUCUUUGCCAACCUUAAAGUUCUGGAACAUGUGUUGGGGCAUGUUUCAAAAGAGAUCUUUGAAGAGAUGAAGCAUGUUAAUGAUUCAAAUGCUGCAAUGAUGAGUGAGGACAAUGUUGCCUACAACAUUGUUCCUCUUGAUGCUUCUGUCACAGCAAAUGCCACAACGGCUUUCCCUGAGGUGCAAGCUGCAGUUUCAGCGUUGAAGUAUUUUCCACGCUUGCCAAAAUUGCCUGCUGAGUUCCCCAUUCCUGCAACAAGGAGUGCUGAUAUGCUUGAUUUUCUCCACUAUGUAUUUGGGUUUCAGAGAGACAGCGUCUACAAUCAGCGUGAACAUAUAGUUCUUCUUCUUUCUAAUGAGCAAUCACGCCUUAAUAUUCCUGGAGAAACAGAACAUAAACUUGAUGAUGCUGCAGUGAGUAAUGUGUUUAUGAAGUCCCUAGACAACUACAUUAAGUGGUGUGAUUACCUCUGCAUUCAACCUUCAUGGAGAAAUUUAGAAGCCAUUAGUGGAGAGAAGAAACUACUGUACCUCUCAUUGUAUUUCCUGAUUUGGGGUGAAGCUGCCAACAUACGGUUCCUUCCUGAAUGUUUGUGCUACAUAUUCCACCAUAUGGCAAGAGAAAUGGAUGAGAUCUUACGCCAAAAGGUUGCUCGUCCAGCUGAGAGUUGUAGACCAGUAGAUCGUUGUGACUCUGAUGAUAGUGUAUCAUUCCUUGAUCAUGUUAUUGCUCCACUGUAUGGAGUUGUAUCAGAGGAAGCUUUUAACAGUGGCAAUGGCCGAAUACCUCAUUCAGCAUGGAGAAACUAUGAUGACUUCAAUGAGUAUUUUUGGUCGCUUCGAUCCUUCGAGCUUGGUUGGCCGUGGAGAACGAGUUCAUCUCUUUUUCAGAAACCUAUACCGAGAAAAAAGGUCGAGCUUAAAACCGGUAGGGAAAAACAUCGAGGAAAGACUUCUUUCGUUGAGCACCGAACGUUCUUGCGUCUCUACCACAGUUUCCAUCGGCUAUGGAUAUUCCUAGCUAUGAUGUUUCAGGCACUUACCAUAAUUGCUUUCAAUGAAAAAAACCUUGCCUCUAGGAAGACUUUGCGUGAGAUUCUCAGCCUGGGUCCAACUUAUGUUGUGAUGAAGUUUUUUAAGAGUGUUCUGGAUGUGAUCAUGAUGUAUGGUGCUUAUUCUACUACAAGACGGCUGACCAUUUAUCGCAUGUUUAUCCGUUUCAUUUGGUUUGGUCUUGCUUCCAUCUUCAUAUCUUUCCUCUAUGUGAGAGGACUUCAAGAAGAUAGCAAACCAAAUUCUGGUUCAGUCAUGUUCAAGCUUUAUGUGAUUGUCAUAGCCAUCUAUGGUGGUGUUCAGUUCUUUUCUAGUAUCCUGAUGCGUAUCCCAGCUUGUCACAACAUUGCUAAUAAAUGUGAUGGGUGGACUUUGAUUCGAUUCUUUAAGUGGAUGUGGCGCCAGGAGAGACAUUAUGUUGGCCGUGGCAUGUAUGAAAGGACAUCUGAUUUUAUAAAGUACCUGCUGUUUUGGCUUGUUGUUCUGUCUGCAAAGUUCUCCUUUGCGUACUUUCUUCAGGUUGUGAUGAUAUAUUUAUUGCUGAUACAAGUACUGAUAAUCUCAAAUAAUUCAUUCUUCUAUGAUAUAUUUUUUUAUCUGGAUGCAGGAAACUAUAAUGCUCUGACUGUUGCCAGUUUAUGGGCUCCUGUUGUCUCUAUAUACCUGUUAGACAUUCAUAUAUUCUACACACUUGUCUCUGCUUUUUUGGGUUUCUUGCUCGGUUUGAGAGAUCGUUUGGGGAAGAUAAGAUCUUUGAAAGAAAUUCACAAGCAAUUUAAGAAGUUUCCAGGGGCCUUUAUGAGGACUCUUCAUGUCCCCAUUACAUAUCGGACUUGUGAUCCUUCUCAUGAGGUUGUGGACAAGAAGAACAGAGUAGAGGCAGCUCACUUUUCUCCAUUUUGGAACCAAAUAAUAAAAUGUCUACGAGAGGAAGACUACAUCACUGAUUAUGAGAUGGACUUGCUCCUGAUGCCCAAGAAUUAUCGUACACCGGUUCAGUGGCCUCUCUUUCUUCUUUCCAGCAAGAUAUUAUUAGCCACAGAGAUUGCUGCUAAGAGUAAGUCACAAGAGGAGAUUGUGAAGAGGAUCGAAAAGGAUGUCUACAUGAAGUAUGCUGUUGAGGAAGUCUAUUACAGCCUUGAACGUGUCUUAAUAACAACUCUGGAAGCCGAGGGGAUGGUUUGGGUGGACAGAAUCUUCAGAGACAUUCAGACCAGCAUAACGAUGAGAACUAUACAUCUUGAUUUUCAGUUGAAGAAGCUCUCCCUUGUUAUAACUAAAGUGACUGCACUCUUAGGAGUCCUGAAAGAAAAUGAAACACCGGAGAAUGCAGCAGGAGCAACCAAAGCACUUCAAGAUCUCUACGAUGUUAUGAGGCUUGACAUAAUAGGUUUUAGUCUUAGGGCUAGCUAUGACACGUGGAACUUGUUAACUCGAGCUCGAAAUGAAGGUCGCCUGUUUACAAAGUUGAAAUGGCCUAAAGAUCCAGAGAUGAAAGCUAUCGUCAAAAGAUUGUACUCUCUACUUACUAUCAAAGAUUCUACAACGCUGCAUGUUCCUAAAAAUCUUGAGGCCAGACGUAGACUACAAUUCUUCACCAAUUCUCUUUUCAUGGAUGUGCCACAACCAAAGCCUGUCCACCAAAUGUUAUCCUUCAGUGUCUUCACUCCAUAUUGUUCUGAGGCUGUGUUAUACAGCAUGUCUGAACUCACUAAAAGAAAUGAAGAUGGAAUAUCAAUCUUGUUUUACCUUCAGAAAAAAUAUCCAGAUGAGUGGAAGAAUUUUCUAGCACGAAUAGGACAAUAUGAGAAUGCGUUAGAAGGUGAUCUAGAUAAUGAGAGAGACAUACUUGAACUUCGGUUUUGGGCUUCUUACCGUGGACAAACGUUAGCUAGAACAGUUCGAGGGAUGAUGUAUUAUAGGAAAGCUCUCAUGCUUCAGUCUUAUCUGGAAAGAAAAGCUGGAAGAGUUACAGACGAGGAAGCCACACUUUAUGGUAAUGAUCCAACGGAUGCUGAAGGAUUUGAGUUGUCUCCUGAAGCAAGGGCCCAAGCAGAUCUAAAGUUUACAUAUGUUGUCACAUGCCAAAUGUAUGGAAGACAGAAAGAAGAUCAAAAACCUGAAGCUGCUGACAUUGCAUUGCUGAUGCAAAGAAAUGAAGCCCUUCGCAUUGCUUAUAUCGAUGUUGUUGAUACUCUAAAAGAGGGUAAAUCUCAUAAAGAAUAUUAUUCAAAGCUUGUUAAGGCAGACAUAAGUGGAAAGGAUAAGGAAAUUUACUCUAUAAGAUUGCCUGGGGACCCAAAACUUGGCCAAGGAAAAGCUGAGAAUCAGAACCAUGCAAUUGUGUUUACUCGUGGAAAUGCAGUUCAGACUAUUGAUAUGAAUCAGGAUAAUUACUUUGAAGAAGCCUUGAAGAUGAGAAAUCUUUUGGAAGAAUUUGAUCAGGACCAUGGUGUUAGACCACCUACCAUUCUUGGAGUUCGGGAACAUGUAUUUACUGGAAGUGUCUCCUCCUUGGCCUCUUUCAUGUCCAGUCAAGAAACUAGUUUUGCAACUCUUGGCCAACGAGUAUUAGCCAAACCCUUGAAGAUCCGCAUGCAUUAUGGUCAUUCAGAUGUCUUUGACAGAGUUUUCCAUAUCACACGUGGUGGUAUCAGCAAGGCCUCUCGGGCCAUCAAUACUAGUGAAGAUAUUUUUGCUGGUUUUAACUCAACUCUACGUCAAGGGAAUAUUACUCAUCAUGAGUAUAUUCAGGUGGGCAAAGGGAGAGAUGUGGGGCUCAAUCAAAUAGCUUUGUUUGAAGGGAAGGUUGCUGGUGGUAAUGGUGAACAGGUUCUAAGUCGAGAUGUGUACAGACUUGGCCAGCUUCUUGAUUUCUUUAGAAUGAUGUCAUUCUACUUCACAACUAUUGGUUUCUAUUUCUCUACAAUGUUAACGGUGCUUACUUUGUAUAUUGUCUUGUAUGGGAAGGCAUACCUGGCAUUUUCUGGAGUUGGAGCUACUAUUCAAGAAAGAACUAUUCUUGUGAACAAUACUGAACUUAGCGCCGCUCUCAGUGCUCAGUUUCUGUUUCAGAUUGGUGUCUUCACUUCUGUGCCAAUGAUUCUAGGCUUUAUUUUGGAACAUGGUUUUCUCCAGGCCAUUGUCAGUUUCACAACUAUGCAGUUUCAGCUAUGUUCUGUCUACUUCACAUUUUCUCUUGGCACAAGAGCCCAUUAUUUUGGACGGACACUUCUUCAUGGUGGUGCUAGUGUUUGUCACCAGUACCAAGACACUGGAAGAGGGUCGUUUGUAGUCAAGCAUAUCAAAUUUUCUGAGAACUACCGUCUUUAUUCCAGAAGUCAUUUUGUUAAAGGGAUGGAGGUUGUUCUCUUACUGGCUGUCUACCUUGCUUAUGGAAAUGAGGAGUCUGGUUCUGUUUCCUACAUUCUUCUGACGCUUAGCAGCUGUUUUUUGGCUUUCUCUUGGCUCUUUGCUCCUUACCUGUUCAACCCUUAUGGAUUUGAGAGGCAAAAACUCCUGGAGGACUUCAAAGAAUGGAGUAAAUGGCUCUUUUGUAAAGAUGGUGGGAUUGGUGUGGAAGGAACUGAAAGCUGGGAAGCUUGGUGGGAAGAAGAACAGUCUCACAUUGGGACCUUGAGUGGGAGGAUAGUGGAGAUCAUAUUAAGUCUAAGAUUCUUUAUCUUCCAGUUUGGUAUUGUCUACAAACUGAACCUGCAUGGAUUAGAUACAUCAUCAUUUGCGGUGUAUGGUUGGUCAUGGGCUGCAUUUGCUAUGAUUUUAGUUCUUUUCAAGGUCUUUGCCUUGAUUCAGAAGAUUGCUGUGAAUUUCCGGCUUGUGCUUAGGUCUAUACAAGGCCUUGCCUUAUUGGUGUCUCUAGCUGGCAUAAUCAUAGCUGUUGUGCUGACAGAGUUGUCAGUGACAGACAUAAUUGCUUGUGUAUUAUUGGCUUUUAUACCAACAGGAUGGGGAAUCCUUUCCGUUGCGUGUGCCUUGAAGCCAGUCAUUAAGCGAAUUGGGAUGUGGGAAUCAGUACGUUCCCUAGCAAGGCUCUAUGAUGCAGGAAUGGGAAUGCUCAUAUUUCUUCCCGUUGCGCUCUUAUCGUGGUUUCAAUCUUCCAAACACGUAUGAUGAUGUUUAACCAAGUGUCUUGAGAUCUCUCUCUCUCAGCCUCGCUGGAAACAAUCCAUGCCAGGGCAUUUGAAAUCUUCCUUCAUUAGCUUUGCCUUUUGUUGAAUGUUAUCUAUCAAUUUGUUUCUGUUUCCCAUAUGUUUAUUUGUGUGUGUGUUUCUAUCUUUAUAAGUUUUCUGAGUUAAUGUAGUUGUUACAAAAAAAGGAGUGUAAUGGUAGGUAGAAAAUGAAUAUGAGCCCUAUUUAUAAAAUUUUAAGCAUUUUAAGACU